GCCGCCGAGGCCGGGAGGCUGGGGACGGGGGCUCCCGGAGCAGCCAGGGGGAGCGGUGAACCACCGCUACCUAGCCAGUCGCCACCAUGUACUUGUCUCCGACAAACAGCCGCAAGCAGCCGAACCUCGGGUUGAACAAUGGUUCACAAACAAGAAAGUCUAUUAGCUUUAUUGGCGCAGCCAGAGGAAUGCCAACGAAAGGAUUUAUUGCUGCAAAUCAAAGCAGAAUGGCUCUGUCAAAAACCACACUUACUCAAUCUGACGUGAAGACACUAGAAAAAAUGAAUACUCCUAGCACAAAGACAAUACAGGUUUUUGAUAUAAAUGGAGUUGAUGUUACUCCUCGGCCUCUUUACCAUCCAGAUCCACAUGUUAGUUCGACAAAGCCAAGUAAACUGUUGACAUCACAAGAAGGAUCGCUUGGAUCAGACUUCAUAGCUUCCUAUAGUCUUUAUCAGAACACAUUGAAUCCUAGUAUGUUAGGACAAUUUACAAGGUCAAUUUUAGGAAGUAGUACAGUAUCUAAGUCAAGUGUAUCAACAACCGAAUCAAUAGCAGAAGACAUAGAAGAACCAUCCUUUAAGCGAGAAAGACUGGCUAGUUUUACAGAUUUACAAGUUAUGAGGGCAAUACAUGAAACAAUUAUAACAAAAGAAGACCUGGAGAAAAAUAUAGAUAUAAUACUCACAGAGACAGAAACACUGAGAUUGUUUGACCUGCCAACAGUCAUGAUCUCUGUAGAAUCAGAUGAAGCUGAGGAAGUGAGGAAGAAAAACAAGAAUUAUGAAAUGCUUUGUAGAAAUAGACUAGGCAAUGACUUAUAUGUUGAAAGGAUGAUGCAGACUUUUAAUGGAGCACCAAAGAAUAAAGACGUUCAAUGUGAUAAAAUCAUAAUGGAAGACAAAGGUAUAAUGUCCACUGCCUGGGAUUUGUAUGAUUCCUAUAAUGCUCUAGAACUUUCAACUUCAGCAGCAAAACGACUUGCCAUUGAAUCAGCUAGCAAAGCAAGUGUUCUUUCUAAAGACCGGGACCAAAGAUUGCAGAAUAGUGAAGCUAGCUCUCUAAUGGAUAUAGAAAAUGUAAUUCUGGCUAAAAUCCAUGAAGAUGAGGAAGACCACUCGGAAGCAAUAUUAAAAUCUGACAAGUUUCACCAGGACUUAUUUUAUAUGGAACGAGUAGUAAUGGAAAAUAUAUUUCAGCCAAAACUUGCAGCUUAUCGUCAGCUUCCUAUUUUUAAAGAACCUGAACCUGAACAGCUUAGAAAUAUUUUAGCAGGUGAAAAGCAUGAAGAGGUAGAAGAAGAUGUUAAGAAGGAGGAGGAAGAAGAAAUAGAAAUAAGUGCAGCACAAUCAACAAUACCAGCCAAUUUGGAGCGACUUUGGUCUUUUUCCUGUGACUUAACCAAAGGCCUGAAUGUGAGCAGCCUUGCCUGGAAUAAAACAAAUCCAGAUCUUUUGGCUAUUGGUUAUGGGCACUUUGGAUUUAAAGAACAAAAAAGAGGAUUGGCUUGCUGCUGGUCAAUAAAGAAUCCCAUGUGGCCAGAACGUGUUUAUCAGAGUCCAUGUGGAGUUACAGCUGUGGAUUUUUCAAUUGGAGCACCCAAUCUUUUAGCAGUUGGCCUUCACAAUGGUACAAUUUUAAUUUAUAAUGUACAGAGCAACAGUAGCACUGCAGUUCUGGAUAGUAGUGAAUCACCUCAGAAACAUUUGGGACCUGUAUGGCAACUACAGUGGAUAGAACAAGACCGAGGAACAACAGGUGAUGACAAAAGAGAAAUACUAGUGUCUAUAUCAGCAGACGGAAGAAUCUCCAAAUGGGUUAUACGGAAAGGACUGGACUGCCAUGAUUUGAUGAGAUUGAGGCGAACUACUUCUGGCAGCAGCAAAAGAGGAAUAGAAAAGGAAAAGAAAGGAGAAGCCUUGAUAUCUCGCCAGGCUCCAGGAAUGUGUUUUGCUUUUCAUCCCAAGGACACAAAUAUCUAUUUGGCUGGCACUGAAGAAGGUCAUAUUCACAAAUGUUCUUGUUCAUAUAAUGAGCAAUACCUAGAUACCUUCAGAGGGCAUAAGGGUCCAGUGUAUAAAGUAACAUGGAAUCCAUUCUGUCAUGAUGUAUUCUUAAGCUGUUCAGCAGACUGGGGUGUAAUGAUAUGGCAACAGGAGAAUCUCGAGCCAUUUUUGAGUUUUUAUCCAACCACUUACGUUGUUUAUGACGUUGCCUGGUCACCAAAGUCAUCUUAUAUAUUUGCCGCUGCAAAUGAGAGCAGAGUGGAGAUUUGGGACCUUCACAUAAGCACUUUGGACCCUCUGAUUGUGAAUGUGGCUAAUCCUGGGAUUAAGUUCACAACUGUUCUCUUUGCCAAACAAACUGAUUGCCUUCUGGUGGGUGAUAGUGAUGGACAGGUCACUGUGUAUGAACUAAAAAAUAUGCCUACUACAAUGGAUUCUGGCCGGGGAAAUAUAAUAAAUACUUUGCUUGGACCAAAAUCAAACCAACCAGGAUAA